UACAGACACUCCUUCAGCUUUGGAAGGUGGGCUGAGACCCAGGGCGAACAUGCCAACUGAAGGGAAAUCACCCCAAAGAUUCUCUGCCCUGGUUCCAGGACAACCUGGCACAUCAUUUAAGGAAUCUGUGUCAUUUGAGGACGUGGCUGUGGAUUUUACCCGACAAGAGUGGUACAGACUGGACUCUGCUCAGAGGACCAUGCACAAGGAUGUAAUGCUGGAGAACUACAGUAACUUGGCGUCCGUGGGCCUCUGCGUGGCCAAACCAGAGAUGAUCUUCAAGUUGGAGCGAGGAGAAGAGCUAUGGGUGUUAGAGGAGGAAUCCUCAGGCCAUGGUUACCCAGGGUCUCUCUCACUGCUGUGUGGCAACAAUUCUGUUGGGGGUAGUGCAUUCAGGCAUGAUAAUGACCUACUUCAGCAUCAGAAGAUUCAAACUUUGAGUCAAACUCUUGAAUAUAAUGUAUGUGGGAAAGUUUUCUACAAGAAAAUGGGCUUUGUUGGACAUAAAAGGACAUACACAAGAGAUAAAAACUUCGAAUGUCGUGAAUGUGGGAAAACGUACUGCAGGAAAUCAAACCUUAUUGAACAUCUGAGAAUACACACGGGGGAGAGACCCUAUAAAUGUGGUGAAUGUGCAAAAACCUUUAGUGCAAGAUCAUACCUCAUUGCUCAUCGUAAAACACACACAGGGGAAAAGCCCUUUGAAUGUAAUGAAUGUGAGAAAUCUUUUGGCAGGAAGUCACAACUCAUUCUACAUCAGAGAACACACACAGGAGAGAGACCCUAUGAAUGUACCGAAUGUAGGAAAACCUUUUCUGAAAAGGCAACCCUCAUGAUUCAUCAGAGAACUCAUACAGGGGAGAAACCCUAUGAAUGUAGUGAAUGUGGGAGAAAAUUUCGUGUUAAGAUAUCUCUUACCCAACACUGGAGAACUCACACUGGGGAGAAACCCUAUGAAUGUGGUGACUGUGGGAAAAACUUCCGUGCAAAGAAGUCCCUAAAUCAACACCAGAGAACUCACACAGGCGAGAAACCCUAUAAAUGUGAGGAAUGUGGGAAAUUCUUCAGAAUGAAGACGACGCUCAACAAUCAUCAGAGAACUCACACAGGUGAAAAGCCCUAUCAGUGUAAUGAAUGUGGAAAAUCUUUCAGGGUGCACUCGUCUCUUGGAAUACAUCAGCGAAUUCACACAGGAGAGAAACCUUAUGAAUGUAAUAAAUGUGGCAAUGCAUUCUAUGUUAAAGCACGCCUCAUUGAACAUCAGAGACUGCAUUCAGGAGAGAAACCCUAUGAAUGCAGUGAAUGUGGAAAAAUCUUUAGUAUGAAGAAAUCCCUUUAUCAACACCAGAAAACUCACACAGGAGAGAAACCUUAUGAAUGCAAUGAAUGUGGAAAUGCCUUUUAUUUGAAAGUACGCCUCAUUAAACAUCAGCAAAUUCACACAGGAGAGAGAUCUUUUGAAUGUCCAGAAUGUGGGAAAGCCUUUUGUCGGAAAGCACACCUCACAGAACAUCAGAGAACUCACAUAAGCCGGCCCUUGUUUUGUACUAUGGACAAAGCUUCUCUAUGAAGACUCCCCUCACCAUUUGAUAGAGCUCUUUGAACCAUCAGAUCACCAGGGCACAGAGUGCACCUGUAACAAUUUGGCUCUUACAUCAGUGUGAAAAUAUGUCCUGAUAUUCUUAGGGGAUAGCUCAUUUUUUUCGAUUUCAUUUGAAUUUCUCUAAUUAGUGGUGAGGUUGAACAUCUUCCUCUCUGUUGAUUAGCUGUUUGAGUUUUCUCUUCUGUGCAUUGGCUGUUUAUAUCCUUUGCUCACUGUUUUCUAAUGGGCUGUU